AUGAUGCUCGCAGGAGCUGAGAUUGUGGAUAGUGUGAGUUAUAAAGCUGAUACCGGGAAUGCUGAGGUUGUUGCCCCGGGUUCUUCUCAGGACAAAGCCCCGGGACUGGCAAAGCUUCCGACCAAGGAACCCGUCGACAUGCAGUUUACAAAUAUUACAUGUACUGUCAAUCUCGGUAUAAACAAAGGAAGCAAACAGAUUCUUCAUGGGGUGAAUGGCAGAUUUCGACCUAAGCAGCUUAUUGCGAUCAUGGGUCCUUCUGGGGCUGGCAAAUCAACACUAUUAGAUGUUAUAUCAGGAUACAGAAUCACUGGCGUCGGUGGAGCUAUAUUUAUUAAUGGAAGGGGAAGAAUUAUGAAAAGAUUCAAGAAAAUGUCGUGUUACAUUCAACAGGAUGACAGAAUUCAGGGACUGCUUACAGUAGGUGAAAACAUGUCUAUCGCCGCUGAUCUUAAACUACCCACCAAAUUAGACAAGUACGAGAAGGGUGAAGUCAUAGAAGAUAUUUUAACAAAUCUCGGUCUUUAUGAACAUAUGAAUACACGAGGAGCUCAGCUGUCGGGAGGGCAACGGAAGAGAUUAUCUAUCGCUUUGGAGCUUAUCAAUAACCCUCUAAUUAUGUUUCUAGAUGAACCUACAACGGGUCUGGAUAGUUCAUCAUGCACCCAAGUAGUACAACUCUGUCGCAGCCUUGCCCAUCAAGGCCGUACCAUUAUUUGUACAAUUCAUCAACCCUCCGCCUCUCUUUUCGCCUUUUUCGAUCAGGUUUAUGUUCUAGCAGCUGGAAAAUGCCUUUAUCAAGGAACCACUAGAAACAUGGUCCCAUAUCUCGAAGAAGCUGGAAUCCCAUGUCCUAUAUAUCAUAACCCUGCUGACUAUAUUAUUGAAUUAGCGUGUGGUGAAUACGGUGAAGAUAAAAUUGAUAUUUUAACUAAUAAAGCUGAAAAUGGAAAAGCACUAAACUGGUUUGAUAAUUGGGAGUCCAUAGCAACUAUGGAAGCCCUCAGAAAACAAUAUCCUUUAAGUGUAAUGAAAGAACAGGAUUCUGGAAGCAGUGUAGAAGAGACUUCACAAUCUAAUCAGAGAUCGGUACUCAUUAAAAGAGGGUUUUUGAAGGCGAAGCGUGAUCCUACUAUGACACAUCUUAGAAUAAUAGUUAAUAUAGUGGUUGGAAUUAUGCUGGGCGCUUUGUUUAUUAAUGCUGGAAAUGAAGGCUCCCGAGUUCUUGAAAACUAUAAUCUACUAUUUGCUAUUCUGAUGCACCAUAUGAUGUCACCUAUGAUGUUGACUAUCCUUACUUUUCCUUCGGAAAUGUCAAUUCUGUUAAAAGAACAUUUUAAUCGUUGGUACUCUUUAGGAUCUUACUAUAUAUCUAUCAACGUUGUCGACUUGCCAAUUUCGAUUAUAUCAUGUGCCAUAUUCAGUGUAAUAGUUUACUUGAUGUCAUCCCAGCCGCUGGAACCGGGUCGAUUCGCAAUGUUCUUUGCCAUUUCCAUCUAUACUGUGCUUGUUGCACAGAGUUUUGGGCUUAUGGUCGGAGCUAUUUUCAAUGUUGUUAAUGGUACUUUCCUGGGUCCAACUUUAUCAGUUCCAAUGAUGAUGUUUGCGGGAUUCGGAGUAACAUUACGAGACCUUCCACCUUAUUUAUAUUGGGGAUCAUAUGUGUCUUAUCUAAGGUACGGAUUGGAAGGAUAUAUUGGUGCUAUCUACGGGCUUGACAGACCUACCUUGGAAUGCAACGAAGCUAAAUAUUGCCAUUACAGAUACACACGCACGUUUCUUAAAGAUAUUGCCAUGUCUCCUAACAAUUUCUGGUGGGAUAUCUUAGCACUGACAGUUACUCUGUUUGUUCUUAGAACAGCUGCUUUCUUGCUCCUCAAAUGGAAAUUGAGUGCUGUACGAUAA